AUGAUGAAGCCCACAGACUCCUGUUUUUCUAGAUAUCAUAUGUGCUUCACUUUCCUGCAAGUGAUAGCAUUAGCAUCGACUUCUCAGAAUCUGAUGGUGACCACUCCCACUGGACAUUUGGUGGCUAGGGUAGGAGGCCAGGCCGAGCUCAGCUGCCAGGUGUCCCCACCACGCAGUGUGGAGUCUAUGGAGGUGCGCUGGCUCAGGAGUGACAAUUACAAACUUGUUUAUCAGUACAGAGGUGGCCACGGGGUAAAUGGAGAAGCUGCACCUGAAUAUGUGAAUCGUACAGAGUUUGUGAAAGAGGCCAUUGGGAAGGGCAGAGUGGCGCUCAGAAUUCAUAAUAUUAGAAUUUCUGAUGAAGGACCUUACCAAUGUUUAUUUAAUGAUAGAGGUUUCAGUGAUGUGGUCAGCAUGAACCUCAGUGUGGCAGCAUUUGGAUUGAAGACACAAAUCCAUGUUGAGAGUCCUGCUUAUGAUGGACCCAGUGUGUGUUGCUUUACAGAGGGGUGGUUCCCACAGCCCCGAAUGGAGUGGAGAGACAGUCAAGGGGAGGUAGUUCCAUACUCUUCCAUGUCAUACUCCCAGGAUGAAGACAGAUUUUUCCACAUGAAGUUGACUCUUCUUCUUAGAAGUCAGUCACAGAAAAGUAUCACAUGUUGUGUUCUAAACCCUCUAACAGGUGAAGAGAAGCAAACAAAUCUCAUCCUAUCAAGUAAGUACUCAGUCAUGAGGGGUUAA